UUGACCUGUCUCUCAGCCGACUGCAAAGGCGUCCCUCCGGCCUUUCGGAGCGUGUGGCCGGCUACCUUGUUUGCGUCUAGGGCUGGUAGGUGAUUCUCCAGGGUGGCCAUGGCAGAGCCACAGCCCGCGUCCAGUGGCCUUACUGAUGAGACCGCCCUCAGCUGCUGCUCCGAUCCGGACCCCAGCACCAAGGAUUUUCUACUGCAGCAAACGAUGCUAAGAAUUAAGGAUCCUAAGAAGUCCCUGGAUUUUUACACGAGGGUUCUUGGACUGACCCUGCUCCAGAAGCUUGACUUUCCUUCCAUGAAGUUCUCGCUCUAUUUCUUAGCAUACGAGGAUAAGAAUGAUAUCCCCAAGGACAAGUCUGAGAGGACAGCAUGGACGUUUUCCAGGAAAGCCACUCUUGAGCUCACGCACAACUGGGGCACUGAAGAUGAUGAGACACAGAGUUACCACAAUGGCAACUCAGACCCUCGCGGAUUUGGUCACAUCGGGAUUGCCGUUCCUGAUGUCUACAGUGCCUGCAAGAGAUUUGAAGAACUAGGUGUCAAGUUUGUAAAGAAGCCGGAUGACGGGAAAAUGAAAGGACUGGCAUUCAUUCAAGACCCUGACGGCUACUGGAUUGAGAUUCUGAAUCCUAACAAAAUAGCAACGAUUAUUUAGAUCCGGGAGAAUGUGCCUUUGAGGUGUGGGGACAGCGUGGACAAGAAAUAGCGUGAUUCAAGAUGCUGCGGCGACCGGAAGCGUUGGGGACUGACGGGUCUCUGCUCCAGUUCAAAUCCUUCUGAAACCCUUUUCAUUGUUCUGAUUCAGUGGGUUUUUAAAAAUCUCCCCUCUGUUUUACCCACCUAAUUUUCAAGUAGCAAUUUAUCUUAUGACCUUGACAAAGUUGUGUGACUUUACAUUUAAGAUAAUAAUUAGAACAGUUCCCUUUAGAGACCACAGUUGCUACUGCCUGUCUCUUAAAGACUGUUCAAGUCUGUUUCUGAUUCAUCAUUUUAAAUUUUGUUUCAAAUGUUUCUUUUGGGGUCUGUUACCUUCUGGGGUUUCUGUUCCUCCGAAAUAACUUUCCAUAGUGGGAAGUACAGAGCAGUGAACAAAAAUGAGAUUUUUUUGUGUGUACUUCAAACAGCAUAGUGUUUAUCUUACAAAAGAGAAGGUACUCCUGAGAGCAAUUCGGAAUCAUGCCGACAAGGACACGGAUAGAAAUACUAAUUUUUUUUUUUUUUUGUAUGUAUGUAUAAAGUACUUUCAGAAUUCAAGGACUAAUUCGACUUUUCUGGGAAUGUGGAGGAGGAAGGAAUUAGACUAUGGGCUAUGCUGUAGCAUCCUUUAUGUAAAUAAUGAAUACUGUGGUUACCCCGUGAGACAGCAAGCAGCUAGACAGACAAAACAACCUGAUGGGUCUGAAGGCUUGGGCGGUCAGCAUUUCUAGUAGCUGGGUUAUGCCUCACAGUACCUCCUGACCCGCUGAGGAACCUGCCGAGAGUCUGGCCUGUGCUCUCUGCUCGCACUCAGGCUUGAAUACCGCAGAGAAAAAAGCAGAGAGGUCGAUAGUAAAACACUACUCUAGGGGACACCUGUGAGUGAGCCCCACAUUACUUGGAGGGAGUCUUCCCCACCCCAUGGUCUUCAGGAUGCUUGUAAUCACGUAGGAUGUUGCGUUCAGUGCUAAGUCAGAUGUCAGGCAUUAUUAGCUCUGUGGUCUUCCCUGCUGACUGAGGAUUAAUGGAUUCUCAGAGGUGAUUUGGAGACUCAAUGGCUAGAGGACAAAACCCAAUCUGAGGUCAGACUGCAGCGAAGUUUCCUGCCUGCUGUGGUGGAAGACGCGAGUGGGCAAUGCCAAGAGCUACACAGUUAUGGGCACUUUGUGAUUUAUGUGAGCAGUUUAAACACAUCAUAGGCUGAAAUAAAGCUAACGCUGUUUAAUACAUAAA